GCGCUGCAUUAUGACGUCACAGAGGCCGAGCCCCGCGCCAGAUUCCGGAUCUCCGGAACUAGCGCGCUGGCCCUGGUCGGCCGCCAUCCUCCUCUGCGCUUCUGAGGGUCUGUCAGCCGCUGAGGUGAGACUCGGGGGCGGUAGACGCUGAGCAAAGUGUUUGAGGAAGUGGCACGGUGAUUGGUCUCCAGCGAUGAAGAUCGGGGUUAUCACCAGUUGAUUAUUUUUGUUAUCUGCAAAUAAUUAUGGCCAGGUGGCAAGUGUAUGAACUGUGGAGUAAGAAGAAUCUACUUCUGCUUCUGACUUGGGUUUUAUUCAUGAAAGACAGAGGAAGCAGAGACACAGGCAGAGGAAGAAGCAGGGUCCCCACAGGGAGCCCGAUGUGGGACUCGACCCCCAGACCCCGGGAUCACACCCUGAGCCAAAGACAGAUGCUCAACCACUGAGCCACCUAGGCAUUCCAAUCCUUACUUGUCUUUAAGAGUAUUUUUCAAGUAUAACCUAAAAAAAUGAAAAAAUGGACUAUUGUACCCUAGGAGCUCCACCUUAUUCUAAUCUCCUUCCUUCUCCCCAGAGCAGGCUGUUCCUCCCCGCCCCCAACAUUAUUGACAUCACAUGUAUGGGGGUCCUCCCCAUACCAGCCAAUUCUCCAACUCCCUGGACACCAACUAGGUUCUAGGAUACGGGAACAAGACAUUAUCAGUACUGGAAGAAGGAGAAGGUCCCAGGCUUAGGAGAUCAUCAUUUCUGGCAGCAGCCUGACCUGAGAUAUCUGACCAUAACCUCCAGGCAGGCCCAGAGCAGACAGAAGACAGAGCAUAUCCUGGAUUGCUAGCCCUUUCUUUAGAACAGGAAAAUGACCAAUUCCCAGGCAUCAUUAUCAUUUGAGGAUGUGGCUGUGAGCUUCUCCUGGGAGGAGUGGCAGUUACUGACUCUGUCUCAGAAGGACCUGUACUGGGACGUGAUGUUGGAGAACUACAAUAACCUGGUAUCCCUGGGUUAUCAAGCCAGCAAACAAGAUUCACUCUUUCGGUUGGAGCAAGGAGGACUGCCAUGGACAGUAGAGGGAGUAGCUCAUAGUCAAACCUGUCCAGGCUCUCCAGCUACCAAGCCAGAAAUGAUCCUUAAUUUCAAGCAGGGAGAAAAGCCAUGGAGCGUAGAAGAUGAAAUGCAUUGUCAGUGCUUUUCAGGUAAGAAACCAUGUGGAUCCAAUGAAUGUGCGGUGAAUGCUUAUGAACCCCUCAUGACCAUGUGUCAGAGAACUCAUGCAGGAAAGAAAUCCCAUGAAUGCUGUGAUUGUAGGACAGCCUUUCCCAGCAAGUUAAAGGUAACUAUUCAUCAACAGACUCACACAGGAGAGAGACCAUUUGGAUGCAAUCAAUGUCAAAAACCCUUCAUUACAAAGUCAGCACUCAUCUGUCAUCAGAAAACUCAUCAUAGAGAAGGGAAGUCCUAUGAAUGCAGUAAAUGUGGGAAAGCUUUUCCUUGGAAGUCAAAACUCACUUUACAUCAGAGAACUCAUUCGGGAGAGAGACCUUUCAGAUGUAGAAUAUGUGAUAAAGCCUUCAUGGUUCAGACACAUCUGACUGUACAUCAGAGAACUCACACAGGAGAGAAACCAUAUGAAUGCUCAGAUUGUGAGAAAGCCUUCUCAAAAAAGGCCCAGCUCAUAAUCCAUCAGCGAAUUCAUACAGGAGAGAGACCAUACGGAUGCAGUCAAUGUCAAAAAGCAUUCAUUACAAAAUCAGCACUCAUCUAUCAUCAGAAAACUCGUCAUAGAGAAGGGAAAUCCUAUGGAUGCAGUAAAUGUGGGAAAGCUUUUCCUUGGAAGUCAAAACUCACUUUACAUCAGAGAACUCAUUCGGGAGAGAGACCUUUCAGAUGCAGAAUAUGUGAUAAAGCCUUCAUGAUUCAGACACAUCUCACUGUGCAUCAGAGAACUCACACAGGAGAGAAACCAUAUGAAUGCUCGGAUUGUGAGAAAGCCUUCUCAAAAAAGGCUCAACUCAUGAUUCAUCAGCGAAUUCAUACAGGAGAGAGACCAUACGGAUGCAGUCAGUGUCAACAAGCCUUCAUCCAGAAGUCAGAUCUCACUAAUCAUAAGAAAACUCAGCAUGCAGUAGGGAAAUCUCAUGGAUGCAGUGAAUGUGGGAAGAUUUUGUCCUCUAAGUCCACUCUCAUUAUACAUCAGAGAACCCAUACAGGUGAGAAGCCCUUCAAAUGCAGUGUGUGUGACAAAGCUUUCACAUCAAAGGCACAUCUUAUUGUCCAUCAAAGAAUUCAUACAGGAGAGAAGCCCUAUGAAUGUUUGGACUGUGAGAAAGCCUUCUCCACUAAGGCACAUCUUAUGAUUCAUCAGAGAAUUCACACAGGAGAGAGACCAUAUGGAUGCAACGAAUGCCAACAGGCUUUCAUCCAGAAGUCAGGUCUCACUAACCAUUUGCAAAAUUGUCACGCAAGAGUGAAAUCUCACGGAUGCAGUGAAUGUGGAAAGGUUUUGUCCUGUAAGUCAACUCUCAUUAUACACCAGAGAACCCAUACAGGUGAGAAGCCUUUCAAAUGUAGUAUAUGUGAUAAAGCCUUCACAGCUAAAUCCUAUCUCACUGUACAUCAGAGAAUUCAUACAGGAGAGAAACCAUAUGAGUGCUGUGAUUGUAAGAAAGCAUUUGCUACUUUGUCAACUCUCAUUGGUCACCGGAGAACUCACACAGGAGAAAGGCCCUAUGGAUGCAAUGAAUGUCAAAAAGCCUUCUUUCGGAAGUCAGCUCUUCUUAAUCAUCAGCAAACUCAGCAUAGAGGAAAAUUCUCUGUGCAAUGACUAUAGAAAUGUGAGAAAUAGUUUUUGGUUAGUCCUAUAUGUUCAGAGAACUCAUAUAGAAUAGAAAUGCCAUGAAUGCUGUGAUUAUACUAGAACUUUAUGGAACUUCUAUAGGAAAUGAAUGUUGUAAGCCUUUCAUCUGAAGACUCUUCCCAGUAUACCACAAGGGAUCUUACCAAAAGAGAGAAACAGAGAUGCAGUGAUUGUCAAAAAUUUCAUUUGAAUUUCAGAGGCUAUGUAUUUAAGAGGCAACACUUGUGGAUGUAGUGAAAGAGGGAAAACAUUCUUUUCAAAUCACAUUUUUAUACAUUAGGGUGUUCAUUUGGGGGAGGGACCUUGCAGAUGCAGUGAGUGCAGAAAAGCCAAGAAAAAUCACAUCUUGUUGUACAUAAAAAUUUUAGGAAUGUUGUGAUGAUGAUAGCAUUCUCUAGAAAGUAAAAACUCUUUUACCAUCUUGUACAGGAGAAAGAUCCUACAGAUGCUAUGAAUAUCGUAUGGUCUUUCUAGUUAAUGCAUAUCUUCCUUACAUCAGCAAACUCAUGUAGGAGGAAAACUCUAUUCAUGUAUUAAAAUGUAGUAAAAGCCUUCAUCUGGAUGUCAAAGCCACUAAUUUUCUGCAAACUCAUAUAAUAGAUAAAUCCUUUGGCCCCAAAAUUCUUUGCAUACCAAGAAAGAAAUGUCAUUAAUUGCAGUGAUUAUCUAAAAUGCUUUAUUUACAAAAAAUGCUUUGUUUACAAUUCAGAGCUUUUUAAAAUAAUUUUGUAUUUUAUUGAACAGAUCUAAAUUUCACAUUUUCUGAAAUGUAAAGCAAAACCAGGACUUUAAGAAUGUAGAAUAGUAAGGAGGGUGAAGUCAUAUUCACACAUUUAGUGAGUAGUAAACUAGAAAGUACAUAAAACUUUGAGUUGGAAUCAAAGGAAAACUUGUUCAGGACUGAAGGAAGGUACUUGGUUUCUUAUUACAAAAAUCUCCCAUUGACUGAAGGCUACAUAAAUAAAAAAGUGUCAGUUUAUGAGGAAGAAAGACCCUCUGAAUUGCACAAAAGCCCAUUAGGCAGGAAAAUUGGCCAGGAUAGAAAAAUGUGGGCUGUGGGGGCAGGGUUAUGGAGGGAGGCCAAGGCUCAGAUCCAGGACCUGUAGGUAGGAGCAGGCUGAGAAGAAGUCUGGAAGUAGAAGUUAGUGCAGAUCUUUCUAAUUGCUCUCUAACUCAUGUAGCAGAGAAAUCCUAUUCUCUGGGAACAAUUUCCAGGUUCAGUUAAGUUAUGAAAUCCUUAAGGAAUCAUACUGUAUAUUAUAGAAAUACUGUGAUUAUGGUCACUAAAAAUGCUUUCUAUGGAGGAUUGGAUAUCAUUAAACAUCAUAAGCUCUACACAGCAAUAAAUGUGGCAAAAGCAUCAAUGAUUGUGUUUUAUCUUUGUAUUUCUGGAUUUGUUUCUUUACAUCUGACUGUAUCUUCAAUUGUGACGCAUGUUAUAUUUGAUGGAAUGUCAUCAUUUAGUUGUUACUACUUUUCUAUGUUUGAUGGCAUUUUAGAUUUGGGUAAUUAGUUAAAUUCAAAACUAUGUAUAGAAAAAAAUAUGUAUAGAAUGAAAUUAUUUUGUAAGGGCUUAACAUAAGUGUUUUAGAAAGGAUUCCAGAGAAUAUUCUACUAUAAAUAUUAAAUACUUUCACUGCAAAUAUGAUGCCAUUUGAAUAUAUGAAAAAAUAAGAAUAAGUUGAAUAGUGAUAAGGGUAUGUAGGGGUUAUAUUGUGGACUACACUAUAUAACAUGGACUUUAUGUAUUUGACUUUAUUACUUUUUGGAAUUACAUGAAGGAAUAUAAUUUUUAGGGUUUAAUAAAUUCUCAACAUAGACAUAGAAUAUUAGGUAAUAAAAUUUCACGUAAACAGGAAUGUUCUAUUUCCUUAUAAAUCAGAAUGUCGGGAUCCCUGGGUGGCACAGCAGUUUGGCGCCUGCCUUUGGCCCAGGGCGCAAUCCUGGAGACCCGGGAUCGAAUCCCGCAUCGGGCUCCCGGUGCAUGGAGCCUGCUUCUCCCUCUGCCUGUGUCUCUGCCUCUCUCUCUCUCUCUCUCUCUCUCUCUCUCUGUGACUAUCAUAAAUAAAUAAAAGUUAAAAAAUAAAUAAAUAAAUCAGAAUGUCUUGUAAUAGAUAAUUUGACUCAAUAAGAAUUCUAAAGAAUUAGACUGCGUAAGUUUGCUCUCCUUAUUUUUACUGUCUUUUGUAAUGUUUCUGCCAAGUGUGAUGAUCCAUCACUCCUUGAAACCUCCUUAUUUCUUAAAUAUGCAAAAGUGAUAAAAGGUUUACAUGAAGUACUAAAAAAUAAGCAACAUAUGAGAUGAGAGGGGAGAAAAGACUUGAGUUCAUGUGUGCAACCAUGUAUAUUUAUUGCAAGUGCUGUAUAAUGCAGGAACUUUGAAUUUAUUAUGAAAACGUAUCCUGGGAACUAGAAACAUUUUCUCUGUUAGCAUUUCCUAAAAUGCCCAAUAUUUACCAAUAUAAAAAAUAACAUUUUAUGGUGCCUGGGUAAUCAGUCAGUUGAAUGUCUGCUUUUGGCUCAGGUCAUGAUCCUGGGGCCCUGGGAUUGAGCCCGAAAUUGGGCUCCCUACUCAGUGGGGAGUCUACUUUUCCCUCUACCUCUCUCUCCCUCUGCCUCUCUCUCUCUCAUGUGCUUGCUCUCUCAAAUAAAUAAAAUCUUUUUUAAAAAAUAACAUUUCAGAAAUUUGAAUUCUUGAACAUAGCUUGAAUGGAAAGUGGUUCAGUUGCCUUGGAAAACAAUUUGGCAGUUCCUCUAAAAACUUAAACAUAGGAUUAUCAUUGACCCUGGAAUUCCACUCCCAGCUAUAUUUUCAACAAAAUUGAAAGCAGGUACUUCAGUACUUGUACAUGAAAUGUUCACAGCAGCACUGUUCACAAUAACCAAAAGGUGAAAAUAAUCCAAGUGUCUGUCAGUGAAUGAAUGGAUAAACAAAAUGUGGUGUGUGUGUGUGUGUACAAGUGAAGUGUCGUUAAAUGUUAUAAGCCUCAAAAAAUGAUAAGUGAAAGAAGCCAGACACAAAAGAUCACAUUUCAUAUUCCUGUUUAUAUGAAAUGUGCAGAAUAGGUAAAUCUUUAGAGAUAGAAGGCAAAUUGGUGGCUACCAGGGCCUGAGAAGAGGACACAGAGACUGAGUAAUGGUUAUGGGUUUGUUUGUUUUUUUAGAAUGAUGAAAAUAUUUUGAAACUAGGUGGAGGUGAUAAUUGCAUAAUAUUGUGAAUGUAAUAAAUGUCACUGGAUUGUAUACUUUGAAAUGCUAAUUUUAUAUUAUGUGAAUUUUUACAUCAAUAAAAAUAUAUUCAAAAAAGUAUCAUUGCAAGAACUCUGGCAUUCAAAAUACAGAUAAAAAUCAACAUUUAUUUAUGAAAAAGAUAACUGCUUAGCAAAACAGACAUAAAUACAUCUUCAACUUAAUAGAUACUAGC